AUAAAUUCAGCUUAUCCUCUAGCCAGCCGUAAAAGAAAAAAAAAGAAAAAAAAGCGUAAAAGGAAAAAAGAAAAGAAGAAAAGAAAAGAGAAGAGGGCCUUAACAUUCGAGAGAGGGGGAAAUAGGAGUAGGUGCUGCUUCUUCUUCUUCUUCGUCGGAGACCCCUGCUUUUUAAGCGAAUUGGCGGUUAUGGAUCAAAGGGUGAAGAAGGAAGCUGAAGAGAUACAGCAGAGAACGACGUCGUUUGCUGGUCGGAGACUUAAAUCUACUGGCGAAGAGGACUUGACUCUCGCUCAGUUAUCUCACACUCCUAAGCUCAAGCCUUCUUCUUCGGGAAAGAAGAAGAAGAAGAAGGAUAAGGCGUUAACUGAGAGAAAAGAGAAGCGAAAGAGCCAAUCGGAGUCCAUAAUUAAACAUGAAGUGUCGGGUCCUGGAGGGAAGCAUAUGAGCUCUAAGAAAAAUAAGGGUGCAGGUGAUGGGAAAUGCACCCCUGAAAUUAAGUCUCCGGCGAUGAUUCGUGCAGAGGAGGUUCAAUCAAAUCUAGAACAUGAAUUUCCUAGUUUUGCCAAAUCUUUGGUCAGAUCACAUGUUGGAAGCUGUUUUUGGAUGGGGCUUCCUGGGAUGUUCUGUAAGAUACAUUUACCAAGGAGAGAUACUAUGGUCGUUUUGGAAGAUGAGAGUGGGCACCAAUUUCAUGUAAAGUACUAUUCUGAUAAAACAGGAUUGAGUGCCGGUUGGAGACAGUUUUGUAGUGUGCAUAAUUUGCUCGAGGGAGAUGUUUUGAUCUUCCAGUUAGUUGAACCAACCAAAUUCAAGGUAUACAUAAUAAGAGCAAAUGAUUUGACUGAACUGGAUGGGGCUCUUGGCCUCCUAAAUUUGGAUGCUCAUACAAAACAAAGUGAUGCAGAGGAUGCAGAAAUUGGUACAACGGCCUGUAAAAGUACAAAGAGGAAACGUCCAAAAUCUCUUCCAUUAGCUGUUGUUCAAAAGAAGAAUAAGAGGUCUGGCCUACAGACCAAUCUUGGGCAGCCAGCAGAGCAAUCUGAAAAUGACAGUGAAGAAGUAGGUUCAGAAGUUUUAGAAGGUUUCAAGCUAUCUGUGCCUACCAUUCAAUUCAAAGAUAUAACAAGUUUUGAGAAAUUCAGCAUUUUGGUUGAUGAUUUGGUUGUAGAUUCGGAGCUCUCAGAAGACAUUCGCCAUAAAUACUACAACCUAUGCCGUAGUCAAAAUUCUUUCCUUCAUAAAAAUAUUAUCCAUGGUAUAAAUUUUAAAUUGAUAGUUGGAACCAUUUCCGAGACUGUCAAUAUUGCUGAUGCCAUAAGAGCUUGCAAGCUCACAACAUCUCAGGAUGAAUUUGAUAGUUGGGACAAGACCUUGAAAGCCUUUGAGCUGUUGGGCAUGAAUGUUGGAUUCUUACGAACUCGACUGCGCCGGCUUGUAAACCUUGUGUUUGAAUCAGAAGGUGCUGCUGAAGCACGGAGGUACGUUGAAGCUAAAAUGGAACGAGCUCAGACAGAGGAUGAGAUAAGAAAUCUUGAGGCAAAACUUGCUGAGUUGAAGGAUACCUGUAAAACGUUUGGAGUUGAAAUUGAGAGUUUGCAGUCUCACGCAGAAACAUAUGAGCUUAGAUUCGAGGAAGAAGUUCAAGCUUCAUGGUGAGAUUGUCUUUAAGAUGUACCAAAGGUUCACGUCCACAGUUAUCUUCUUGUGCUUAUGUAUGCAAAAUCUCUCUUUGACUCAAUACCUAGAUGGCAACCCUAGUUUUAUAGAAGAUGUUGACAGGAGAUUACUAGGUAGGAAAUCUGUAAACUUGUAGUGAGAUUGUAGUCACUUAGCUUUCUUUAUUUUUUUUUUCUCCAAAUGACUUGGUUGAUUCUGUGACAUUGGAGGAAUGAUAGUACUGCUAUUUCUCUCU